GGCUCACAGGAGCCGGGGACAUGGGUCUGGCCUGGCCUCCAGCUGAGCAAGCAUACACGACUCCGGGUCACUGAGGACCCCAGCCCCUGCCCAGACCCGGGCCCACCUGAGCCGGCCACCCGUUCGUCCAGAGCUGACCCAGAGAUGGUGCUGACCCGGGGGCUCCUCCCUGUUGCCUUGCUGGCUCUGUUCUGGGGGCCCGGCGUGGCGGGGGCCCAAGAGACCAUCCCACUGCAGACCCUACAGUGUUAUAAUGACUACCACAGCCACAUCACCUGCAGGUGGGCAGACACUCAGGAUGCCCAGAAGUUCAUCAACCUGACUCUCUUCCGGAGGCUGAAUGAGAACCCUCCAGUGCCAGUGUCCUGUGAUCUCAGUAAUGACACGGGCUUGUCGUUGGACCACCCCUGUGCCGGCUGCGUGCCCAGAAGAUGUGUCAUUCCCUACAAGAUUUUUGUCCUCGCCGACAAAGACUACUUCUCAUUCCGACCAGACAGGCCUCUGGGCGCCCAGCUCACCGUGACUCUGGACCAGAAUGUGCAGGCCCCUGCACCCAAGGACCUCCAGAUCACCGCUGUCGGGGACCGUUUCCUGCUGACCUGGAGGGUGGCCCCUCCGGGUUCCCAGAGCCACUGGCUGUCAAACCUGGAGUACGAGGUGGUCUACAAGCGGCUUCAGGACUCCUGGGAGGAUGCCCCUACCCUCUACUGCAACUCCUCCCAGGCUGUCCUGGGGCCAGAGCACCUCCUUCCCAGCAGCACCUAUGUGGCCCGAGUGCGCGCCCGCCUGGCCCCCAGCUCAGGGCUCUCGGGGCGGCCCAGUCAGUGGAGCCUGGAGGUUCUCUGGCACUCCCAGACAGGGGACAAGGCCCAGCCCCAGAACCUCCAGUGCUUGUUCGAUGGGGCCGCCGUGCUCAGCUGCUCCUGGGAAGUGUGGUCCGAGGUGGCCAGCUCAGUCUCCUUCACCCUCUUCUACAAGCCCAGCGCCAGUGCAAGGGAGGAGGAGUGCUCCCCGGUGCUGAAGGAACAGCUCCCCGGCCUCUUGGUCCAGCACCGAUGCCGGAUUCCCGUGCCUGACCCCAGGAACCACAGCCAGUACGCCAUCUCUGUUCGGGUGAAGGAGGAGGAGAAGUUCAUAAAGAGCUCAGACCACAUCCAGAUGGCUCCCCCGACCCUCAAUGUGACCAAGAGCAGAGACGGCUACGCCCUGUCCUGGACAACAGAGGAGAUGCUUUACAAACACAUAGGUCACACCUUCCAGAUCCAGUACAAGAAAGACGCAGACUCAUGGAAGGAGAGCAAGACGGAGACCCUCCAGAACUCCCACGUCAUGUCACUGCCACUGCUGGAGCCCUUCACCAGGUACCAGGCGAGAGUGAGGGUCAGGCCCACCCCCAGCGGCUACAACGGGGUCUGGAGCCAGUGGAGUGAGGAGACCUUCUGGGACACGGAGUGGGUCCUGCCCACGUGGGUCCUGGCUCUCAUCCUGGUGUUCACCACGCUGGCCUUGCUCCCUGUCCUGCGCUUCUGUGGCAUCUAUGGGUACAGGCUGAACCGGAAGUGGGAGGAGAAAAUCCCAAACCCCAGCAAGAGCCACCUGUUCCAGAACGGGAGUGCCGGACUCGGGCUCCCAGGCAGCAUGGCGGUACUCACCAUCAGGAGCCCCUUGCACAAGGGGCCGAGAGGCAGCUACUUCCCUGAAAUGGAGGGGGUGUUUCCCGUAGACUGCAGGCACAGCGAAGUGUCACCUCUCACCACAGAGGACCCGAAAGAUGUGCACGGAUCACCAUGUGAGCCUGACACAGCUUCAGCCACUUCGGACCCGUGCACGGAGCGGCCCCCCAGCCCCCAUCCAGGCCUGUCGGCCCCCGCGGGCAGGCCCGAGAGCCGGGUCUCCGGCUUCGACUUCAACGGCCCCUACCUGGGCCUACCCCGCAGCCACUCCCUGCCUGACGUGACGGGCCCCCCGGAGCCCCCACAGAGGGGCGUGAGCCAGAAGCCACAGCCUCCGGGGUCCCUGGAGUACCUGUGUCUGCCCGCGGGAGGGCAGGUGCAGCUGGUUCCACUGGCCCAGGUGAUGGCACAGGGCCGGGCCAAGGAUUUGGAGAGGAACCCCGGCCCGGAGGCCGAAGGGAACCCCUCACCGGAGUCAGGGGCAGGCCUUGCCUCUCCUGUAUACAGGCUGAUGGUGGGCGGUCAGGGCCCAAAGGACAGGGCCCUCACGGCUCUGCCCACUGGCUCUGGGGACCCUGAGGACGGCGUCACGGCCUCUGGCUACGUCACCACCGCAGACCUGGCACUUCCCUGGCCCCCGGGGCUGCCAUCUGCCUCCAAGGUCCACCCCCUGGACCUGCCCUCAGACCGGAACCACGGCCUCAGUCUUGGACCGGCCCGUAGGCUCUGUAGCGUCCCAGCCCCCACGAAGCCAGAAAUCGAGGGCUAUGUGGACAUCCCUCUGACCCCAGGCCAGCCCCCCAAGUCCCCUCUGGGCAGUCCUGCCCCUCCUGCAGCCAGCAGCCCCAUCCUGAGCCCAGGGGAGGCGGCCCCCAGCCCCCCACACCCCGAGGGGCUCCUGGUCCUGCAGCAAGUGGGCGACUACUGCUUCCUGCCUGGCCUGGGACCUGGCCCUCUCUCACCCUCUUCCCCAGGACCCUGUCCUGAGAUCGGGGACCACGACCACAUGUUCCAGGACAAGAAGGCCCUGCGCCCCGCCAUUCCCCAGGUGCCGGCCGUCAGGCAUUUCAAAGCCCUAAAACAGCAGGACUACUUGUCGCUGCCCCCCUGGGAUGUCAGCAGGCCGGGGGAGGUGUGCUGAGCCACCCCAGAUCCCGGGGGGGGGGGGGGG